AUCUCUUCAUGUGUUUAACCAUAACACUAGCAUGUUUAUGGUAUUCUUGACAUAAUAAUUAUGCUAAUGCAUGAUAGCUUCGGGUGCGGUAUGUGAUAGUGAUGGGUGUGGUGUUUUGCAGUGGAGUUCGUGAUAUCUAACCGGGGGCGGCGGCACAUGCGUCUCGAGAAGAACGUGCGUUUGUGCGUUGGCCCGGGCGGGCGGCCGCGGCUAUGGGUGCGCGGGCGCAGCUUCUACGCGGCGCACACGAUGCGUUCCGGCGUGGUGCGCUGGCGUUGCACUAUGGGCGGCUGCGGCUGCAAGGCCUACACCCAGAAAGGCACGUUGCACAAGCUAGUCGGCGAGCACAACCAUUCCGGACGCUGCGGCCGCCGCAACAACGCCAAGCAGUCGUCCAACUCCACCCCCACUCCCCUCCUCCUUCCUCGCCUCCCGCGCCUCGACUUCGACAACUUCGACCCCAACGCCUGGGUCGUCAGAUACUAAACCCAGAUGUUCCGGGUACACUAUGCGGAACAUUGGCCAAGCCAAGUCAAUGUGAACACAUACUUGAUAAGAACUCGACAAGGUUCUUCAUCCCCACCCCACUGUUGGCAAGUGCGCCCAAAACUUGGUGAACUCCGCGCUACCGGCUACUAAGUUACUUGCCAGAUUGUCCAAGAGUGGAAACACGCGACUUGACUUAGGGUUGUCUUCGACAAGUAUCUAGUCGUAAUCUCGAGGCGCAUAGUGUACCGGCGCCAAGACAUGUCCCACUUGACUUGCCAUUGAAUAUCCAUGAGGGAGUUAUCGCUAUCCAUUUGGCAUAAUUGUGCAUAUCAAUAUAACGUCUCAUGUUUUAGACGCUUCUGGCUAUUAAAGCCCUCAAUAAUUU